AUGGCCCCAGACUCUGCAGUUCAACCUACAGAAACAAUGCAGGAACGGGUAGCUCUCGUCUCGGAGUCUGAGGCUGCUGUCGCCUCAGGACCUAGAAACCCGGACAGGCUCUCCAUUCUUCCCCAAGAGAUACUGUUGGAGAUCUUUUCAGUGCUCCCUGCCUUUAGAGACAAAGGCUGUUUUGUUCUCACAUCCAGAUACCUGCAUCAGAUAUUCGAUAAAUACUUGUACGAGUCUGCCGGCGCAACACUGAGCUGGCUUCCUGUAUUUCUCGCCGCUCGUCAAGGUAACAUCGCCAACCUUGAAAAGUGCGAGGAGUUUAACGCGCCCGCCAACAUCUCGUGGAACCGCAAACAUUCUUCCAAAGCCUGUGUGGAUCCCGAAAUACGGCACGGCGCAAGCCCACUAGACGAAGCUAUCAUGAACCUCCAAGUCAGGGUGGUAGAGUGGUUCCUCGCCCGGGGCACCAGUCCUAACAGGCAGAAAGGCAUAUGCAGCCCUCUCAUCCGGGCAUUCUGGAUGCUGCGUAAGAACACCAUCGCGAGUCUUCCAGCUACCCAGCGCCGAACGCACCGUAAUCGAUAUUCGGCCUUUGCUAUGGAGAAGCUCCGCGGACGAGCCGAGAAAGCCAGAGCAAUAGUUGACCUUUUGCGGGGUGCGGGUGCAGACCUGAGCCGGAGCGAGGCUAAUUUUUUUGAUUCUGGGCUUGCUUGGAUUAAUCCCAACACGGGUACUAGACCGAGUCGGGCUCCUUGGGUAAGAUUGUUUGAUCCUAACUCGGUCGCAAUGUCCGACUGGCUUGGAAUUGCUCAAGUCCUGGGAUUCUCAAGAUGA